AUGCUGCAAGCUUUGCGGAGCGCUUCUCUACCAGAUGAAUUCUGGAUGUACAGCUACAAGAUUCUUCCUUGCCCACAUGGCUAUCGUCACAGCUGGACGCACUGCCCGUUCAGCCACACCGGCGAGACUGCUCGGCGGCGCUGCCCAAGAACUUUUUCGUAUCUUCCAGAUCCAUGCAUUAACGCCAGAGCCAAACGGCAGUGCCCGAACGGCGACGCCUGCCCUUACGCGCACAAUACCUUUGAGCAAUGGCUUCACCCAGCUCGGUACCGUACACGAUUGUGCUACCUGGGCGCCAACUGCCGCCGGCCGACGUGCUUCUUCGCCCAUAGCGUCGAAGAACUUCGGAGUGUCGAG